AUGAGUGCUCGAGUGAGAUCAAGAUCCAGAGGAAGGCGAAGUGUUCGUGAGUCUUCCAAUCCGGUUGAACCUGUGGUUGCCCAGCAACCAGGUGGCAAAAAAUCUCAACAAAAGAAACCACCAGCUGAGAAUCCGGAUAUUGAACCUGGACAAGAGAGAGUAGAAGAAGCAUCUGCGGUUCAAGAACUUGAAGUGGAAGAUGAUAGCCAGGUAUUGGACGUGGAAAAGCCUGAGGGCAAGGAUGGAGAUGGCCUUGAUGAGAAAGGGAAGACUCCACCUAAUCUAGUACCUGCUAAAAUUCCAGAAACAAAUGGUGGACAAGUAACAAGUUAA